AUGAACAACGAAGAGCAUAUCCGCCACCAGAACUCCGACCUGGGCAAGUCGCCUGUCCGUGGAAGCAACAGCGAUCACGAUCCUCUGGUCAAGGUCCAGCCUCCUCGCCGCGAAGAUCUCCAGCCUUCUUACGCCUCUGUCAUCAAGCCUGAUACAGAAGAUGAUUCUCAGCACGGCUGGUACGGUGGCAUGAUCAAUGCUCUCGGUUCCGUGAUUGGUAACCUUGGAGCUAUUCCUUGCUGCAUCGUUUGCCCCAACCCCUACAAGCCUGUCAGUCAGGGUAAUGUUGGUUUGGUCACCAAGUUCGGUCGUUUCGCUCGUGCUGUCGACCCUGGUCUCGUCAAGAUCAACCCCCUCUCUGAGCAACUGAUUCAGAUCGAUGUCAAGAUUCAGAUUGUUGGUAAGUCAUGCCGCUUGUCUCACUGUAAUUCUUUGUGCCAUAUACUAACACUUGCGCANGAGGUUCCCCAGCAAAUCUGUAUGACCAAGGACAAUGUCAACCUGCACCUUACCUCCGUCCUCUACUACCGCGUCACCUCACCUCACAAGGCUGCCUUCGGCAUCGCCAACAUUCGUCAGGCUCUGAUCGAGCGUACCCAGACCACACUUCGCCACGUUAUCGGUGCUCGUGUUCUGCAAGACGUGAUUGAGCGCCGCGAGGAGAUCGCUCAGAGCAUUCGUGAGAUCAUCGAGGAUACCGCUUCUGGCUGGGGUGUCGAGGUCGAAUCCAUGCUCAUCAAGGACAUCAUCUUCAGCCAGGAUCUGCAAGAAUCGCUAUCCAUGGCCGCCCAGAGCAAGCGUACCGGUGAGGCCAAGGUCAUUGCCGCCAGAGCCGAAGUUGAGUCAGCCAAACUCAUGCGCCAGGCUGCCGAUAUCUUGUCAUCUGCACCAGCCAUGCAAAUCAGAUACCUCGAGGCCAUGCAGCAGAUGGCCAAGUCGGCAAACAGCAAGGUCAUCUUCUUGCCUGCUCCCAACCAGACCGUCCAGCACCAGAUGCAGAUGGCCGAUGCCGUCGGCGAAGGACCUUCUUCUUACCAGGCAAUCGGCCAGAAUGUCAACAACGACUUUGGCGCCGGCACUGAGGGAUUCCAGAAUGCAAUCAACAGCCGCGUUGUUGAGAACAUGUAG